GGCACUGACUCUCGCGAGAGCAGCUUCACUUGGAGUCGGCGGGUGGGGGAGGGGUGCGAUUGCAGUCGGUGCGGACCGAGUAGGGAGAAGGGUGGCAGCGGCGCGAUCGGCGGAACGGCCAGCAGCAUUACUAUGGCAACGGCCCAGGGCCCAGCCUGGCUCGGAGCCGCUGUGUCCGCCCUGCUUUGGCUUAGCCUCAGUUUGGCACCGGCCCGGGGACAGAAUGCUGGGUUUGUCAAGUCACCCUUGUCAGAAACUAAGCUGACAGGCGACACCUUUGAGCUGUACUGUGAUGUGGUAGGGAACCCCACACCAGAGAUCCAGUGGUGGUAUGCUGAGGUCAACAGGGGCGACUCGUUCAUACAGCUGUGGGAUGGUGCUCGGAAACGGCGGGUUUCAAUAAAUACAGCUUACGGCAGCAAUGGAGUGAGUGUGCUGCGUGUCACUAGGUUGGCUCUAGAAGAUACGGGGACUUACGAGUGCAGGGCCAGCAACGACCCCAGGCGGAACGACCUCCGACAAAAUCCAGCCAUUACCUGGAUACGAGCCCAGGCCACUGUUGUCAUCCUACCAAAGCCAAAGAUCACACCAUCUGAAGACAUUGUUUUAAAACAUGGAAGUCCACCUAUCAUCCUGUAUUGUAACCUGACCUUGGCACCAAUUCUCAGCAAUGGCAGUUAUUGGAUGAAAGAUGGAGAAGAGAUUGCUGGGACCAGGAAUUCUUCUGGUGCAAACAGCACGGAGUACAAAAUUAACAAACCUAGAACUGAGAGUUCUGGAGAGUAUCACUGCAUCUUCAUGUUUGACAAUUCGCCUUCAGCCAAUGCCUCAAUUGAAAUCAAAGCACUUCCUGAAGUUGUUGGUCAUAAGAGGAGUGAGAAUAAGAAUGAGGGUCAAAGUGCUCUCAUGUAUUGCAAGUCUGUAGGCUAUCCACACCCUGUUUGGACCUGGCACAAGAAGGUGGACAAUGAAUUUAUGGAACUAAAUAAUGCCAGUGGUCGCUAUUUCAUCACAAACAAAGGCAACUACACAGAGCUGAUUAUUGAGAACCUGCACAUUCAGGAUGACCCAGGCGAAUACUUGUGUAACGCUUCAAAUUACAUUGGACACACCUCUGUUGUCACUAUUCUGCGAGUCCGUAGCCAUCUGGCACCACUGUGGCCCUUCCUAGGGGUUGUUGCAGAAAUCUUAAUUCUGGUCAUCAUCAUUGUCAUAUAUGAGAAACGAAAGAGACCAGAUGAAGUCCCUGACGGUGUAGAGGUGUCUGUUGCAUUGUAA